AUGUCUAAAUUUGAAUUAAUCAAGAAUGGCUUCACUUUUGAGCACGAUCAAGAUCAAGACUCGAUCAAUACCGAUGAGUUAUUGAUGGAAGACAUUAUUCAGGAAGACCAAGAUAGCUCAGCGAAAAAUUGAGGUAAUCAAUUUGAACAUGAAAAUGAGGCAGCAAUUCAAAAAUCUCCUGAGACAAGACUUCCGUUAGCUGAUAUUGCAAUAAAGGAGGACGAUGGCAAUAUUACAGCCGGGAGUAUCAGAGAUCGCAAACCUGUAACAUCUAUUAAUUCAAAACCUCAAGAUGUGUCAAUUGAAGUAUCUAAAAGUCCUCAAAGAUCUCCUAUUGAACCAUAUAAAAAAUUUUCGAUCAAAAAGGAAAGAAUUCUCAGGGAGAAGAUAAAAUAUUCUCAAGAAUCUUUAAAAUUAAGCAAUAAAGCAAAUAUUGAGCUCAAUUGAAAUGAUUCUAACAUGUUGAAAAAGCUAGACAAGAAGGAGGAAGCACUUAUCGAAGAGAUCAGAGAGCUCUAAACCCACCUACAUUUCGUCAAAAUAAAAAGGCAAGCCAACAAAAAGACUUCAUAUCUGUUUCCUUAAAGAGAAAAAUUGAUAUUUGUCCAUACCAAAAUGACUCCAUGUCUAAUCCAAAAUUUCAAGAUUUGAGCUAUAAUACACACUGAAAUGACAAUAGCCUCAGUAAAUCAGAUUAUAAAACAGCAGACGCUAGCAACUCUAAAUAUGAUGCUUUCAAUCGAAAUACUAUUGAUUCGACAUGAUCAGGCCCUCACAUGGCUUCAGUUCAGCAUCUUUCGACUGCUGACGAUGAACUCCAUUCUGAAAAGAAGAGUAGAAACAAAGAUUGCAAGAAGCUGAGGGAAUUUAACAUCUUUACACAAGAAUCACAGUCUAAAAAUGAUGAAAUCAUUAAUCAAGACAUAACGUACGAGAGUUUUAGCAACUCCCGAAGUUAUCACCAACUCUAUCUCAAAAAGAAAGAUUAUGGAAAGCGGCCUCGCAAGAAUAGCCAACAGAAAGCUAUUCCUUGUCCACAACCGAUAGUGAAGAAGGUAGAUUUGUCUCUUGUGCAAGACAAUAAUUCUACUCCACAAGAAGGUGUUACUUAUCAACCUCUCAGGAAUGCCACUCGGCCGAAGAAGAUGAGAGAAGCACUCCCUAUUGAAGCCAGUGUAGUCAAACAAACUGAAUCAAUUAAGAAAAAUCUAGAAAUUUGAGGGAGAAUGAAUUCAGGAAGAAUUGUCAAAAACAAGAGUUCUAAAAACUUAUCCAAGCCCAUGCACUCAAAAUAACAUCCAGACUGCGAAUGACUCCUUCGUCAAUCAACAGAAAAUCAUUAACGAAUUGCUAAAGGAGCUGCAAGCAGAAAGGAAGAAGAAGUCUGAAAUAGAGAGCCAAAAUAAACAUAAGAGAUCUAAUAGUGGGUUUAUUCAGAAGAAUAAUCAUACUACACUCCCUCUCACUUCUAGAAUGGGCGAGUAUCUUUAUGAUAGCUCAACUUUGGAUAAUGACCGAAGUCAGGUCUUUGCUAAAAAGAACAGCACUUGUGUGAACCCUCCUUCUUGAGAAAAGAGUUUUCUGAACAAGUCUGCAAUCAAUAUGAGUGUCAAUCUGAAACAGGAAGUAACAGAUUUCAGGAAACGUUAUACGAGAGGAAGAUAUAACCAACUGACUAAAUAAAGAAGUUAUUCAAACUAAAUACUCAAAGGUGAAGAAGAGCCUGAAAAUUAAGAAACAGAUUGACCAGGAGAAUUCAAAACCUAAAGCUUAUAAUAUUAGACAACAAGAGAUCAGUAAAUAUUAUCAAUACCAAAAGAAAUUAAUCGAUUCUCAGAAAUUCAAGGUGAGAAGGAACACCCAGUCUUGCUCUAAGAUUGUCGAUCAUUCGAAGAAACCCCUCAGAAGAAAGAAAGAUAUUAAUACUGGAGCUGAGAAAGAACUCUACCCAGAUGUGAGCUUUAAUAUUCCUAACAUUGAAGGGAACGCAUCAGGAUAUAAGCACUAUGAACCUUUUAUUGACGAAUUUCAGGGGCAACAGAGCUGCCAAAUGUCUAAUAACCAAAAAGAAAUUUAUGAAGAAUGGGUAUCAUCACAAACCUCUGAUUACGACAGAAUUUUAGCGCCAUCGGAUUUUAAAUAAUUUAAAUUUUC